UCAAAUUCGACCCUUCUCUCCCUCUCCCUCUCUCUCUCUCUCUCUCUCUCUCUCUCUCUGCACUGAGAGAGUUGUUUGUCUUGUCUCCAAUGGCGGCCACAAACACCUUCAUGACCACACCCACCAAAACCCCAUCCGAAAAAACCAAGUCUUCUUCCUCCGUUUCCAGAAGGCAGCACCAACAAUCAACAGACUCAUCAAUGUGGAACCGAUCGGCCUCAGAUUUCAAGACCCGAUUCGAAGCCUUCAAUCGCCUUCAGGCAGCCGCAGUUGCCUUCGAAGAGAAGCUCCCGAUCCCCGAGAUCGUAGCCAUCGGCGGCCAGUCCGAUGGCAAGAGCUCCCUCCUCGAAGCCCUUCUAGGGUUCCGAUUCAAUGUUCGCGAGGUCGAAAUGGGCACCCGAAGGCCUCUCAUCCUCCAAAUGGUGCAUGACCCAACCGCAUUGGACCCCCGAUGCCGCUUUCAGGAUGAGGAUUCUGAAGAAUAUGGAAGCCCUGUUGUUUUGGCUUCUGCCAUUGCAGAUCUUAUAAAGUCCCGGACUGAAGCACUUCUGAAGAAGACAAAAGCUGCAGUUUCUUCUAAACCUAUUGUGAUGAGAGCUGAGUAUGCUCACUGUCCGAAUCUCACCAUUAUUGAUACACCGGGCUUUGUUCUCAAGGCAAAGAAGGGCGAACCAGAGAACACGCCGGAUGAAAUUCUGUCAAUGGUGAAGUCAUUGGCUAGCCCACCCCAUCGUAUCGUCUUAUUCCUUCAGCAGAGUAGUGUGGAAUGGUGCUCGUCUUUGUGGUUGGAUGCCAUUCGUGAAAUUGACCCAACAUUUAGACGGACAGUAAUUGUUGUCUCCAAAUUUGAUAACCGGCUCAAGGAGUUUAGUGACCGCUGGGAAGUUGAUCGUUAUUUGACUGCAAGUGGUUACCUUGGAGAGAAUACUAGACCAUUUUUUGUGGCCCUGCCGAAGGAAAGGAACACAGUUUCAAAUGAUGAAUUCCGCAGACAAAUAUCUCAGGUGGACCUAGAAAUAUUACGCCAUCUGCGUGAGGGUGUUAAGGGGGGAUUUGAUGAAGAAAAGUUCAGGUCCCAUAUUGGUUUUGCUUGUCUCAGAGAUUAUUUGGAAUCUGAGCUUCAAAAACGAUACAAAGAAGCAGCACCAGUGACUUUAGCUUUGCUUGAACAGCGCUGCAGCGAAGUCACUUCUGAAUUGGCUAGAAUGGACUCCAAAUUAGAGGCUACUUCUGAUGUUGCACAUCUUCGGAGAUCUGCAAUGUUGCAUGCUGCUUCCAUCUGCAAUCAUGUGGGAGCAUUGAUUGAUGGAGCAGCUGAUCCUGCCCCAGAGCAAUUGGGGAAAACAACAGACGAGGAACAGUCAGAUAGUGGUAUUGGGAGCUGGCCUGGCGUUACAGCCAAUAUAAGACCUCCCAAUGCAAGCCUUCGCCUGUAUGGAGGAGCGGCUUUUGAAAGAGUUAUGCAUGAAUUUCACUGUGCUACGUAUUCUAUCAAAUGCCCCCCAGUAUCAAGGGAGAAGGUGGCAAAUAUAUUACUUGCCCAUGCUGGCCGUGGUGGGAGUAGAGGAGUUACAGAAGCAGCUGCAGAGAUUGCACGCGCUGCUGCCCGGUCGUGGCUUGCUCCUCUUCUGGACACAGCAUGUGAUCGGCUUGCCUUUGUUUUGGGGAACCUCUUUGAUCUUGCAGUGGAGAGAAACCACCACCGAGAUUCGGACCAUGGGUGGAAAACUGGAGAUAUGGACGGGUAUGUUGGUUUUCACGCUGCUUUAAGGCACUCUUACAGCCGCUUUAUAAAGGAUCUUGCAAAACAGUGCAAGCAACUAGUUCGGCACCACCUUGAUUCAGUUACAAGCCCAUAUUCUCAAGUCUGCUAUGAGAAUGAUUUCCUGGGGGCUUAUGGCUCAGGUGCAAACUCUAUUUACAGAUUCAGCCAAGCUUCAGCUACUUCAUUUUGUCUUGAGCUAUCUGAUGGGGGAGCUGCAUUGCGAGAUGAAACCACGAAAGACCAAGAGAACAUACCUCCAGAAAAGACUGUUGCCGAGCAAAUCACACCAGGAAAAGUUGCAGAAGCCAGAGAAUGCCAAAUGACUGUACCUGAGACUCCUUCACCAGAUCAGCCUAACGAUGGAAAUUAUAUUGGAGUUAAGAAGGAACUUGGAAACUGCAUUGAGAUUGGAGCCAAAAAAAGGCAUCCUAGAAUAAUGGGCAAUAGUAAAAAUUUGGAUCAUUUACGAGUUCAAAAUGGUGUUGGCCUUCUAUUUGAGAGUGGGGAUAGCAAUUCAAGAUCGGGGUCAGCUUACACAGAGAUCUGUUCUUUAGCUGCACAGCAUUUUGCACGCAUACGUGAAGUUCUGGUUGAGCGGAGUGUGACAUCCACUUUGAACUCUGGCUUCUUAACCCCUUGCCGGGAUCGUCUUGCAGUAGCACUUGGAUUGGAUUUGUUCGCUGUCAAUGAUGAGAAAUUCAUGGACUUGUUUGUUGCACCUGGAGCAAUUGACAUCCUGGAAAAUGAGAGGCAGUCUCUACAGAAGCGUCAAAAAAUACUGCACUCUUGCUUGAACGAGUUCAAAACUGUGGCACGCACGCUUUGAUGCAAACCCCCGUGUCAAAACUGCAUUGACUCACCCCACACUAGGAUUGUUUUUAGGUUCACCAUCUCAUGAACAUUUAUGUUGAAUGUUCAAGUGGGUUUUCUCAGGGUGAGUUGGUGCUUCCAUUUAGUUCCUUCGACCCUUUAUCCCUACUGAUUGUAACUCGCUACCACUCCACUAGAAGUGACUGCAGAGAGGUUUCACACACAUGGGCGGAGCCAUGCAUAAAGUAGUGGGUUCAAUUGAACCCAACGAACUUUGAUUUUUUUUUUUUUUUAAAGAAUUAUGUAAUUCAAAAAAAUAGAUUUAUCAAAAAAAAAAAAAAAUUGUGUGUAAAAAAUAA